AUGAGUCAGCCCUGCAACAAGUUUUCGGUAGCAGAGCUGUCGGUGGAAGAGCAAGCAGUUCUCGCGUUUUGCGGCAAGGUCGGGUGCACGUGCAUAAACUCGAACUUGAGAGGAUACAAAGUUGGCGACUUCAAACAUGGCCACCUGGCGCCUUUGCUCCAGCAAAUGGGGUACAAGCUCCCAAACGACGCAGGGAAGCGAAUGCUGUGGAGGGGCGUCAACGAUCGACCGCCAAAUCUGGAGUGCAACGGAGAGGUCUUCUACGUCGACUUGGGCUUCCAGUUCGGCAAGCGCCUCAUCGUCGCCAAUGCCACAGGCUUGUUUGUCCGUCGCCCGCUAGAUCGCUGCAUUUUGCAGAGUGGUCAACGUGAUGCCUCUACUGGCAUGAGAGUGCGCGCAUCCAUGCACCGAGUCGAGGAGUCAGGCAAAGGAACGGCCUGGGGAAACUCCCUCUUCGAGGACAACGCAGAGUAUGGCCUCGGACAGGUCAUCCACGUCCGUCAGCGACGACGCCAGUUGCGGGACAGAGUGGAGGCGGCACUGGCACGUGCGGGAAAGUCCCUCAGCGUUGCGCUGAGGAGCCUGCUGGAGCAGUGGCUGGAGUUUGGAGAGGACAGCGUCAUCUCGGAGCGCCUCAGCGACGAGAUCCUUCCAUUGCUGGAGGAGAUUGCCGAGCUCAUCCGCUUGAAGGACAUGUUCACCAAGCCCUCGAUGUGGAUGUUCGGUGGUGACGGCUGGGCCAACGACAUCGGCUACGGCGGCAUCGACCACGCCAUCGCCAGCGGAAACAACGUGAAGAUCGUGGUGCUGGACACCGAGGUCUACUCCAACACGGGUGGCCAGUCCUCGAAGUCCACGCCCAUGGGUGCUGUGGCCAAGUUCGCACAGGCCGGCCGGGACCAGCGAAAGAAAGACCUGGGCGCCAUGGCCAUGGCUUACCAGCAUGUCUACGUUGCUUCCGUCGCCAUCGGCGCCAACUACAAGCAGUGCGUGGAGGCCUUUGCGGAAGCCGAGAAGUACGAUGGACCAGCCCUGCUUAUGUGCUACGCCCCCUGCAUCGAGCAUCGGUUCUUCAAGACAGGCCUCUCUGCGAUGUCACUGGACCAGCGCGAUGCCGUCGAAUGCGGCUACUGGCCCCUGUACCGAUUCAACCCGAAGUUGGCGAAAGCCGGCGACAACCCCUUCAUCCUCGCGGCUCGGACGUUAGGGUUUUGCGGUUAA